GGACUUUGGCCUCUGGACAGCAACAAAUUUAUUUUGAGGAUGUCGUCUUCUGAUGAGGACGCCUUCCCCGUCGAGCGAGAGGCUGCCAUGGAAGCCAUCGGAAAAAUGAUCGAUGCCGAAGGCCUCGAAAAGUUAACCAGUUCAAAGAUUCGCGCGCAUCUCGCUUCGACGUUCAACAAGGAUUUUGACGAUUUCCGCAAAGAAGUGGACGAAUUGACAAGGGAGACGAUUGAAAGGAGGGAGAAAAGCAAGGAAGCGCCCCCUGUAAACAAUGGAAAUGGUAAAGAAGACGAGAGAACCGAGGAACCAAGCAAACCGGCGCCGUCUGACUCUGAUAGCGACACUUCCGAUGAUGUGGUAGAUGACAGAAGAGCAUCGACGAAGAAGAAAAGGUCGCGGAAAAGAAAGGGCGACGAUGUUGGCGAAGUGGAUCUUAUGACUGCAGUGAAGCAUUGUCGUCGAGCGGCUGCGAACAAAGCAAAUCAAAUCCUAAAAAAGACCGCGGAUCGUUCAAGACCAAAAAAGAAAGACAAAAACGCCCCGAAAGUGGAUAAUUCUGGUAAAUUUGGCCGUAUGACUAAGCUGUGCUUGCUCAGUGAGGAAUUGCAGAGCAUUGUAGGAGCACGCUUUAUGAAGAGAUGUGAUGUUAUCGCAAAAAUGUGGGAAUAUAUCAAAACAAACAAUCUUCUUGAUCCUAAAGACAAGCGAUUCUUCUUUGUAGACGACAAAUUACGAAGUGUCUUCCAGUGCAAACGUUUUAGAGCUUUUUGCAUGUCGAAACCGCUCGCUAGACAUAUUAAAGAACCUUCGCUAUUAGGAGGAGAAAUCGAACAGGAAGCAUUAGCUGAAGAAGCACGACUUAGAGCCGAAUGGAAGGCGCGCCAAGCAGCAGCGAACAGUGGGAGCGGCGUGGAGUCGAGGACCCCCGAAUCGCCGCAAAAUGCUGACUCUCCACAAAGUACUGGAUCCCCUCAAGAUUCCGUUUCCCCACAAAAUGAUACGCAGGAAAAGGCGACGUCGUCGGACGAGGUGUCCGAUUAA